AUAAGAUACGCAGCUCAGAGACGUUAGAGCAAGACCCAAGACUCUCCAACAAGAACAACUAUAAAAGUCGUUUCCUUUGCCUCUUCCUCUCUCCGCUCUCUUAACCCAUUUCUUCUUUUUCUCAAAACCCUGCUCCCUCCCAUAAAGAAUUUUGAAGAAACCCAUUUCUUAACCUUUGAAAGACCUCUCAAAUUUAAGUCUUGAUUAUUGGGAAUUGCAAUGGAAUAGAAAAAAUCGCAUCUUUCAUGUGAUUCUUCUUGUUAUGGAAUAUGAGGUUUCAGACAGUAGUGGUACUGAUGAUGAUCUCCCGCCCUCAAAUCAAAAUAGACUUGUAAGACGAGGAAGAGCUCCAGGAAGUGGGCAAUCAGCUGUAAUUUCUGCAACAUAUUCUAGAGUUCAAGCUGACAUGGAGGCCCAAAUUCAUCAUCUCGAACAAGAAGCAUAUAGGGCUGUACUUCGUGCUUUUAAGGCUCAGUCUGAUCAACUUUCUUGGGAUAAGGAGGGUUUGAUUACAGAACUUAGGAAAGAGCUCAGGGUGUCAGAUGAUGAACACAGAGAGAUCUUAACAUUGGUCAAUAGAGAUGAUAUCAUUCAAAGGAUAAGGGAGUGGCGAGAGGCAGGUGGCCAGCAAGUUCCCAGGUUCAUUGCUUCACAGUCUGUUCAUGAUGUUUUGUCCAGUCCCACUGUUUCUGCAUCCCGUAAAAAACAGAAGACUUCCCUGGUGUACCCCGCUGGUCCGCCCAGAAAUCAACAUUUCAACAACCGUGGUUCCGCCUAUGAUGAUAAGGAAAUUGGAAAAGAAGUGUGGACAAGAUGGCCUGAGGACAACAACUUCUACAAGGCUGUCAUAACUAGAUAUAACCCUGCUGAGGCUCGACAUGCUCUGGUCUAUGAUAUGAAUACUGAAAAUGAGACAUGGGAAUGGGUUGAUCUCAAUGAGAUGGCUCCAGAGGACCUUCGUUGGGAAGUUGUGGAUCCUGGAAUUUCUCAUGGCAGGCCAGGCCAUGUAAUGAAAAAAUCUGUGAGCCAUGGUGGUCUUAUUUCAAGUUCUGUAAGAGGGAGGGGAUCCACUAAGGAUCAAUCAAAAAGGGAAUUUUUUCGAACACAGAAUGGUAUUGCAAGGAAACUUUCUGACAACAUCGAAUUGCUCAACACAGAGUCCCUAGUUAAGGAGGUGGAGAGGGUUUUUGGUGUCAGCUAUCCUGAUCCUCUUGAGCUCGAGAAGGCUAAAAAAAUGUUAAAAGAGCAUGAACAAGCACUUGUUGAUGCAAUUGCAAGGCUCGCAGAUGCAUCUGACGGAGAAAGUGAUGGAGAUCCACGAUUCUUGCAUGGGCAAGCAAUGGAGGAGCAGGAAUGAGGUUGAUGAAACCAGCUAACAUUGGAAGCUCGUAGUAAGGCCUAAUAGUACUUAGAAGUGUUUAUUGAGUAGCAUUGAAUUACUUCAAACAGCAAGACUAUGAUUUUUUGCCCUCCUGAAUCCAUUUAUUUUUGUUGGAUUUUAUCUUUUUUAUCCAAGUGAUCUUCUUGAUAUAAAACUCGAUACUUGUAUCAUAGCAUACCCAUGCACAAACAUUCUAUGCACACUUGGAGCCUUUUAAUUGAAAAAGUUGAUUGUUUCAACCUUCAUCCAAAGAGCAGUCACGUCUUUGUAAAAUACUGCAUGGCAGCGGAUGACAUAUAACUUUGUAAAGAUGUUCAUCUUGAUGAUACUGUGGCUACCUUUUCUAAUAGCAUGGGGUUAAACCACCAUUAAUGUUAUACUUGUCUUUUUUUCCCAGGAAAAAAAAGGAUAUAAAGGAACAGUACAUGUCAUCUCCAGCCCUGCCCUACCCUCACUUCUCUUAUUUCUUAUAUUUUCAGUUGGCCAGCAAACAAGCUAUCAUCCAUAUAAUUUGCUCACUAUGUAACCAUUGUGUUUCAUUGUGUUUCUUUGAUUGAUCUCGCAAUAAAGAUCACCCUUAAAAGAGUUUAAAAUCCUGGAGGAUUACAAUCCAGAGGAACGGACUGGCAGAAUUUAUGGAGGCAACAGCAAUAGCGCUUCUGCGGUCAUCGCUUGAAUUG